CUCUCGCGAGAAAUUGCCAACAUCAUGAGAAAAACUAUGGCAGAUAUGGGAAAUCUUUGGGAAGGUAAAUAAUAAAUAGUUAUAGAAAUAAACCUUAUGAGGAAUUCAAAAGUAAAAUUCAAGUAUGAUAGGGAACAUAGUUUUGGAGAAAUAUCAAGGUAAAUUUUAAGGCCGACUGCCACUAUUUUAUCGAAUUUCACGAAUGUAUCCCUAAAUCGAUCCCUAUGCCUAACCUGAACCCUAAAUCGAUCCCUAUGCCGAUGCCUAACCUGAACCCUAAGUCGAUCCCUAUGCUUAACCUGAACCCUAAAUCGAUCCAUAUGCCUGACCUGAACCCUAAAUCGAUCCCUAUGCCUAACCUGAACCUUAAAUAGAUCCCUCAAGCAACUAUAAUAAACACACAAAAGUGUCAAAAGACGCAGUGGCAGUCGUCCUUAAUCAGAGCACAGAUUAGUGCACAACAAUAGGAACACACAGUCGGUAUAAAAUAAAAUUGACCCUUUUUAGUUAGGAUUAGUCUACUAAUCUAAUGACUAAUGAUUAGUAUUAGAUUAUUAGUGAUUAUAUAGUUAAUAUGGUAAUUGGUAAUCUACCACUUGAGCAUCGGCCAAGAAAAAAUCCAGCUGUUCCGGUUGGAAGGGCUAUUUAAACAAUUAUUCUUAUACUAUUUUAAUGACAUUGGUUGUACGUAUUCAUUCCCCUAAUAAUAGUACUAAUACAAAUACACAAGAGCAUCUUUUUUUAAUAGAAAAACUAUUUAAAAAAUUUGAAAUAGAAGAAUUUAAACAAUUUAAUGUUUGAAAAUGGAAUUAUGCAUAGUUCUCCCCCAAGGCGACAAUGAAGUUUUUAAAAAUAUAAGUUCCACGAAAUCGGUUGUGGUACAUGAAUUCACUUAAAUAUGAAGGGGAAAGAUCACGGCUUGUGCCAAACUGUCUUUUCAGUUUACGCUUUUUGAGCAUCCACGUUUUCCACAUUCUGUGUGUGGACAUCCGUGUCAUCUGGAUCCAAAAAAAAUAAUUUGGUUAAUGCACCAUCUUAGAUGCUGAAUAAGGGGUCUGACAAAUUCAGCAGUAGUGUGGACAGCCACCAUUCUUCUUCAUUUCGUAUCUGAUCUGUAUCAAACAUUUCGGACAUCGGCACUUUUCUAGUCUUUUUUAUUUUCUUCCUGGCAUAUCGGUAGCUUGGCAGUAAUAAUUAUUUAAAUGUAUUAGUAUUGUGCUAUAUAAAUAUAUAGCCUAUACGGAAGCAAAAAUAUUGACAGACUCCAAUGUAAGAAUAGUUGUUUAAAUAGCCCUUCCAAACGGAACAACUGGAUUUUUUCUUGGCCGACGCUCAAGUGGUAGAUUACCGUUAAUAUGUAGUGAUAGUAAAGCAUUAAAUUAAUUCCCAUUACUUCAUUCAAUUAUUUAAUUCAUAUUCGUUGAGUGACAGAAACUGACUUAAUGAGAAAAAUAUUGAGAAAGUUGUUAGAAAGAUGCAGAGAAAUCUGUAAAGAUCAUAACUAAAAAUAGGCCUAUUUACUAUUACUAUUGCCAUUGCCCUACGCCUACAGCCUACAUUAAUCAUUAAUGAUAAUAUUGCUAAUAAUAAGUAAUAAUAGGUUAUUAAUAAUAAUAAUAAUAAAGUUUAUUUGAAAAACACGCUUCAUCCCCAAAAGCUCGAAGCGCGAUACAAAGUCAACCAUAUAAAAAAGAGAAAUUUAAAAAAUCUAAAAUUUACCAUAUUUAAAAAACAGACACAACAAUAUAAAACUACAUACGAGCAUACCAUGUCAAAGUCUUUCAUCCCAUUUCAACCAUAAGCAACACAAGCCAAUAUACAUUAACUGAAAAAAAGAUAGUAGAUAGCAUCACCCCAGAAGGUGUUUGGGAAAUAGAUGCGUUUUUAAAUCGGUUUUAAAGGACUCCAGUGUCUGGCUGUUUCUGAGAGCGACUGGAAGGGCAUUCCAAAUUGUUGGGCCGGCAAAUACAAAAGUGCGCUUUCCGUAAGUCUCAAGGCAAACACACUGUAUCGAUAUUUUGCCACUAUCGGAUGAGCGGAGCUGUUUAGUGGGUACAUAAGGCGUCAUGAGUGCUUUGAGAUAAGACGGUGCCAGGUCAUGUAAGCAGCGGUAGCACAAAGUUGCAAUUUUGUACUAUAUGCGAGCGCGGACCGGCAGCCAGUGCAGCUCUCUCAGAAGGGUUUUAGCAUGGUCGAAUUUGCAUUUGCGAAGAACAAUGCAAGCCGCAUUAUUCUGUGCUCUUUGAAUUUUACCAAGGAGCGUAGCUGGGAGACUCACCAUGAGAGCAUUGCAGUAGUCCAUGCGUGAUAACACAAAUGCGGACAUCAGCCUCUUUGAUGCAUCUGACGUUAAGAAAGGUCUGAUAUGACUAAUCCUGCGUAGCUCUAGAAAAAUCACCUUGCAAAGCAUGUUAAUGUGAUUUUCCAUAGUUAGUGUUCUGUCUAAAUAGACACCCAGGUCUUGCACUGUUUGAGCAAACUCAAUCUGCAUACCUGAGAGAGUAAGUGGUGUGUUUUUUUUACAGAUUUUUGUUUCUGAGCAGUGGCAAUGGGGAUCAGCUCAGUCUUUUCAUCAUUCAAUUUGAGCUUGUUUAUGGUCAUCCAGUGCUUAACUGACUCCACUGUCUUCUGUGUCGUACUAAGAAGUUGAGGGAACUGAGAGGGGAUCACAGAUUGAUGAAGUUGUGUAACGUUCACGAACAUGUGAUACAGCAUGUCAAAUGGCUUAAUCACUGCACCCAGUGGCUGAACGUACAUAGUGAAAGUGAAAAGCACCGGGCCUAGGACUGAGCCCUGUGGUACUCCGAAUUCAAUUAUAGAUGGCUUCGAGGUCAAGCCGUUUGAAAUAACUGACUGGACCCGAUUUGUCAUAUACGAGUGAAACCAUCUCAGGACGGUAUCUGUGAGACCAAACGUAUUUGGCACUUCGUAUAUAUAUCUAGGAAUAUCCACAGAAACGCAGAAAACCGGGUAUCAUGAUUUUCAUUUUGUUAUCAAAAUGACUAGACCUCCACUUUUUAAAUUACUAAAGAGUGUCCUAUUUAACAAUUUUUUUGCCAACAAUAUCCCAGUAUGUAGCCUACUAGUACUAUGUAUGUACAUUCUAUUUUUGCCCCCAUUUUAGAGCAUACUAGGUACUACGAUAAAGCAAGGACACUCCUAGAAAAUUUGAAUCGGAAAUGGGCGUCUGUGCAAUGGAAUCCUAGUUUUUUAUUUUUGUAUGUUAGUGUAAUUUUAAUAAUGGUUCCGAUAGGGUCAAAACCCAGGUUAGGGAUAAGUUUAGGGUUCAGGUUAGGUAUAAGGAUGGAUUUAGGGUUCUACGAUAAAGCAAGGACACUCCUAGAAAAUUUGUAUCGGAAAUGGGCGUCUGUGCAAUGGAAUCCUAGUUUUUAAUUUUUGGAUGUUAGUGUAAUUUUAAUAAUGGUUCCGAUAGGGUCAAAACCCAGGUUAGGGAUAAGUUUAGGGUUCAGGUUAGGUAUAGGGAUGGAUUUAGGGUUCAGGUUAGGUUUAGGGAUAAAUUUAGAACAUAAGUUCGCGGGUCGCAGCAAACGCGGUGCUAUCUCUUCACAUUUACCAAAAUUUUUAUCGAAAUAUUAAAAGUAGGUCUUUCAUACUAAUUAGGUCAGCAAAAUAUAUUGAAGUAUACCUGUGCAAAAGUUCAUUGCGCUAGCUCAUGAAAAAUUUUUGCAAUUCUCCCCAACGUAGACCUCAUUAUGCAAAGGUCACACCACGCCCCUUUUAAAUAGCGGAAGAUGCCAAUACUUAGCUUAGGAGUGACCCAAUUCCGCUGUUCGUGUCACGAACUAUAUAACUCUCGUUUUUUACUCUCUGUAUUCAAAAAUAAUUUUAAUAAUGUUAUACAAUUAUAGAUAAAUUGUAGCUUAUCUAACUAUGCAUUAUGUAUAUCAGUAAAAAAAAAUAUAUCUAAAUUUAAGACAUUUAUUUUUUUUUUUUAAACGGUAAAUGGUAAAAAUGUUGCAAGCCCUGACGGUCCAUUUAAAAGCAGGCUGCGGAUUGGUCAACAAGGCUCUAGUCAGCUUUAGUAUUUUUAUAUUUUAAAUAGGGGGGGGGGGGGGUCCUGACCCUUCCCAGAAAUUAUAUAGUUUUUUUUUGUGUUGUAAUUGGGGGAACGGGUCCUGUUAAAUUGCGACCUUAUUAUGCCAGUACCUCUUUUUCCACAUAUAAAAAAAACAGCACUUUUAACCAUGCCCGCGUCUUUUUUCCAGUGUUCAUCUUGGGGUAUCACAUCAACAAGGAUGAGUUUCUUAUUUAUUUUGGACCUUCUAAGUUGAAUUUUAAAUAAAAUGUGAUGGAAAAUUUCGUUAUAAUUUAUUUCAUAUUAAAUGUAUUGAUAGUCAGAUUAUGUUUUUGACACUAAUAAUACUCAGUGGAGAACAGAAAAGUUAUCAUUCUCUUUGUUCGGGUUAAACUCUUGGUCCUGUCACCCUGAGUCCAGUGUUGGGAUUCCUGAAAGUGAUAUCACUGCGCUUAAGGUGAGACGACUCUUUGCAAAACCCAUUCCAACUUCAAAUUAGUCAAACAAUAAGUAAUCACUGAUUAAAUUUCUUUGUCGUGUAUUUUCCUUGGGUUAAAGCAGAGGUCCCUAACUCAGAUUAUCCGGGGGCUGCAGGAGGUAGAGUCUGAGUGAGGCUUGGCUGCAUCAAGUAAUCCUCAAAAGAGGGAUUACAAAUUCAAUAAAAUAAACUGUUACAACCUGCUCAACCUUCAUUAAUAACAAAUAAAACCAAGAACUUGACUUCACUUACUUCCUCCUACUCCUUUUUGUCUUAGUCCUGGCAGUGCUUCUUCUUACACAGCUGAGCAACAUUUGGCUUGAAUGAGAAAGCAACUGAGACCCUCAGUAUAGCUUGAAGAUGCUCAUCAGUAAGUUAGGCCCUGAACUUUGACUUAUUAAAGUUCAUAAUGGAAAAGAGCUUUUCACAGAGAGAGGUACUCCCAAAAAGGCACAUGAUCGCUUGAACAACCUAGAAAUCUCAGGAAAGGUGAAGGGCAACUCUAUCAUAAAUUGUCCAAGCUUGUCUGUUUUUCCAUUCACCUCCCUGAACUUAGCCUUGAGUUCAGAAUUGCACUGAAGAUCAAUCAGCUCCAUUUGAAACUCAAAAAAAAGGGGUGUGGGGCACCUUCCACACUGAGGGAGAAAGGGUUAGCAACAAUUUGAAAAGAGGCUCUGUGUGUUUUUGAAGUCUGCAAACCUGUGAUAAAUUCUUCCUGUAGCUUUGCAAUGAUCGGGCAUCAGUAUACUUAGUACUGAAUAAUGUGCUCGAGUCCAUGAGUACUGGUACUUACCAUGUUGGGAAAUGGCAGAGGUUUCUCUGAGAAAGCUGGGCUUUCCAUAACAAGUUUAGUGCAGAAUGCCCUGACAUGGUCAUAGGCAACACUGACAAGCUGCCCCAUGCCUUGUAACUUUUUGUUUAGUACAUUCAGCUCCUGUGUAAUUUCAACAAGAAAAGCAAAGUCCAUGAGCCAGUUGGGAUCACUUAAUACAAGAACAACCACCCCAUCCUUCACCAUGAAGGCUUUGAUUUCUGCUCUCAACUUAAAAAACCUUUUCAAGACGUUUCCCCUCCUGAGCCAAUGUACCUCAGUGAAGUAGAUAACAUCCUGAUAUGCUGCCUCUAUUUCCUCUAAAAAUGUGCGGAACAGCCAUAGCUUCAAGCCCCUAGAUCUAAUAUUGUUGAUGCAUUUUACAACAUCAGACAUGACAUUGUCAAACUUCAAGCAUUUGCUGCAAAGGGCUGCCUCUUCCACACCCUCCACUUCUAGUUUUCUUUGCAAUUUGUGCCACAAGCCCAUUUACUUUUCCUGUCAUUGAAGACGCUCCGUUGAUUGUUAUUCCUGCAAAAUUUUUCUAUGGUAAACUAGCAUCCACAAUGGCAUCACACACCUGGCAGAAUAUCUCCUGAGUAGUGGUCUGGUCACGCAUUGGAAUCACUUCAAGCAACUCCUCCAUCACUUUAAAAUUAUCAUCAACACCACUGACAUAUAUUGCGAGCUGUGCAGUGUCAGUAACAUCUGUGCACUCAUCAAGAGCGACUGAGUUUGCAUGGAAAUAUUUACCUUUCUCACACAGUUGAUCAUAAAUGUUACCUGACAGCUCAGAAAUGCGCACUGCCACUGUGUUGGCUGAAAGGCUGAUGUUGCUAAACAGACCCUUAUUUUUAUGGACAGACUAUACUUGCAGCUUGUAACCUGCAAUUUUUAAUGAGCUCGCCUCCUUUAAAUGAUUUUCCUGCUGUAGCAAUCAUGUAACUAGCUUCAACUGCUGCAUCCCUUUCUUUGUUUGUUUUCUUGAAAAAAUCUUGCUGCCUCAAUAAACAUGAUUUAAGCUUAUUGACCCAGGCCUCUCUCUCAUCCCCCUGGUAUUUUGCAUACUCCUCAGCAUGUCUGGUUAAAUAAUGACAUCUGGUUAAAUAAUGACGUCUGAUGUUGUACUCAUUGAGCACCGCAACUUUCUCAGUACAUAUAAAGCACGUCAGAAUGCCCCUGUGCUCAACAAAACUGCAGUCUGUCUCCCACUUCUCAUGAAAUUUUCUGUGCUCAUCGCCAACUUUUCUCUUCACAGCAGGUUUUGAGAAAGACAUGACUGGGGUCAGGUGACGCAAAAAUUUAUUUGCACUGUGUGAUAAAAUAUAUUUUCCCUCCACUUGGUAAUACUCCUGAAUCACAUAACAUGAUACUUUACUCUUAGGGAGAAUUAGAAACCAACAUAAUAAAUGAGGCUGCAAUAGUCAGAGAUUGAAUUCCCAAAUUAUGAUGUAAUUUCUGACGAAUGAAAUAUAUAUUGUUCGAUAAUUUAAAAUAAUAAUGUAAAAUGUGACUCUCCACUAUGGUUUCAGUCAUAUGUCACAGAAGCUAGUUUUCCGCUAGCAUUGCAAAAAGACAGUUGGUAACAAUGAUCUUUUGGCUGAUAUUGAAUCAACAAACAUUUUUCUACAGUUUUAGAUACAUCAAAUAAAUCAAAAUUAAUUAUGGCUAAAACAAUAACUAAUCACUGCACAAACUUAUGCUAGUUUGUUACAAAAAGUAGGCCAACAAGACAUUAAAACUUGAAUAUUGAGCAUCACAUCACCCCUAUCAUUCGUAACGGCAUUAUAUCUUUAGUAAGAAAAUAACAUUUCCAUUGGCCUAAAGUAAAAAUAUUCAUCUAAAUAAAUGCUAUGAAAAUAAAGAGCUUCUGGUAAAUAAAGACAAAAAAGCAUAAAAUAAAAAUAUGGCGAUUCCCACUAGCGAUUUUAAAACUAAAACAUGUUCAAACAGAAGGCAGGAGCAGGCAAUAUUUAUGAGUUAUUGAUGCGAAGGAAGAUACUAUUGUAAUGAGAAUGAUUUUUUUACAUCGUAGAAAGCACCUUUUUGACUAACCCUAUUUUGAAAGUGUCCAAGCUGACAGGCUCGGAAUUUCAGUCCCUUGUCACUCGUACAUACUAGCGGCAAGUGUAAUAGGGAUUCUUUGAUACUGUGUCAGAUUGCUACGAUUUACACAAUUAUGGUUGUGCAUUAUCCACUAAAUCACUUUUUAAACUUAUUAUAUAUGUAUAUACAAUAUUCCAAGCAUGUUUUUUCAAAACCGCACUGUGGCCAUGUUUGUGUAAUAAAAUGCUAUAAAAUAAAAACGUUUAGUCCGAUUUUAAAAUGGGUUUUACCAUUGUAAUCAACGUCAAAAUGUAUACAAACAUAAUAAAAAUCAGAAUUAGACUAGUCGGUGAGAUUUAACGGAAACCGCCAAGGAGGGUCACAUUAGAGAUAUGAGAAUGGGGAAAAUGCAUGAACACUAAACUUUGCUAUCAGGUAUCUAGCCGCAAAAUAUCAUCUUGUGGCCUCAAAUGGCCCACAGGUCGUGAGUUUGACACUGGUUUAAAGGGAUUUUUAAUUUGAAAGGUGUUUUAAAAAAUCAGUCGAUGGCUAAAAGUUUGUUUAUUGUCUCUUUAGCCAGUAUGUGGCCAAACUUUUUCUCCAGUCUCAGACCAAAAGCAAUAUUCAGACGUUAAAAGUAAGGUACAGUCAGAUUUUAACAUAGAGGUGUCAGUUUACAGGGGGGUUAUACGGUGAAGUAUUGACUGCUCAUUGAUGGUGUGAUGUCAGCCAUUCCCACCGCCACCUACCUAAACACACUCAGAUAAAUUUUUGUACCAGCAACAAAGUCCCAACUCAUUCCAACUCGUGUCAGCCUCAGUUAGGGGGCACUCCAGAGCCGUCCAGUUGACUCUGGAGCAUACCGACCACAAAUUUCGGGAAAAGUCGUCAAACCAGUUUCCAUCCCCAGGGUGGGUCUGAUAAUACAAAAAUAUGUAAAAUUUCUGAACCGGUAAAAUUUUCUGGAAUCAGGUGCUGGAAUUUGAUCUAUUAAAUUCUCAGGUUGCCAAAUUUGGUUGGGGUACUCCUUACAGUUGGAACGCGGCACAUGCUUAAGUUAGUUAAUGAUCAUAUUAGUAUUAGAUUUCAUUUGUGUUCAAUUGUAUGUGUUCACUUUUCUAUGUGUUCACUCUUCCGUGGGUACACUUAUCAUGUGUUUGGAUGUCUUGUGUUCAGUUGUCAUCCAGACUUAUGGAACCUUGACACCACAUGGCAUGAAAGUCGUGCUGUCAUUCACAUGUUGAGCCUUUGCCCCUCGAUGUCACGACCAAUGGCAGUGGACUUACUUCUCCUCUUUUCUUUCCAUUUUUGCCAAUAUUUUAUCUCUCACCUACUUAUUUGCUGUCACAAUUCUUAUGCCUAUGCUGCCCUCUCGGAUACUACUUUUCAGCUAAGUGCUAUUUUCAAAUAUAAUUCUGUUUUUUCUGUUGUUUGUUGGCUGUUGAAGGCUUCCUGCUGACACUUUCGUUGUUUUGUUGCGUUCUUUUUUCUGGUUUUCAAAUACUUUGUUUUACUCAUUUCCUUUUUUGGCUUUUUUAGUAAUCUGUUUGUUUUGGUGUUCACAUCCAUAUUGCAAUAUAUUUUGCCCGCUGUUGGCCUCUUUGUAAUUCAUUAACUAUUUUUUGACAAAGAUAUUAUAACAAAUUUUAAAAAUAACGCCCCAGGCGAGCACAACCUCUGCACAGCCAUGCAUGGAUGACCCAAGUACAAGAGUUUUCAAGAUGCAUAGAAAAUUGGAGACAUAAAUAUUUGAAUCUGUCACAACACACUGGUUUAGAAAGAACUAUUUCAUAACUGGAUAUCACUAAAUAAAUUAAAAACUAGCAGACACGCUGUAUUUACAUUACUCUCAUUUGAUUGAAUAGUAGCAUUUUAUGAUUUAUCUAUAUGGUGCGGAGAAUGUUAAUUUUAAUUUGCCACAACUGUGGCUAUAUUGUAAAAACCUUGCCUACCUUGGUCUAGGAAUAAUUAUUCAAUAAUGAUACAUUUCACAAUGUUAAGAUGUCAAGUAAAUUUACACUCAACACAAUGUUCUGAUCUAAUAAGAAAAGCUACCGGUAUGUUACAUACUGUGCACAGGAAAGAUGUUAAUUUUUGUACACCAAUAAAAACUUACCUAAACUAAACACUCAUGACAGACGACCUAGCUGCGGCACAAAAUCACUGUAUUUUUUAUUGGUAUAGCUCACAUAAUGAAAAACACAAACAUGGAUCUACAGAUCCAUGCAUUUCACAUGGCCCGAAAUGUGUUUCUUCCAUGCUGCACAAUCUGAGGAACACAUCUUUCAAAAAACAUUUCACAAAUCCUUCAUAAUUACAGACAUCUCACCACUUAUGACAUACAACAUCAAAUUACUACAAUAAGGAUAAAUAAAUAUUAUAUUUUUUAAAAAUCUAGAUACAUUCAAUUGGACAACACAAAUAUAACUUAUCUUUAAAGACAGAAAAGUUAUCCUUAUGUUUAAUGGUUGCUGUAUUUGAACAAAAAGACUAUUUUACUUUUUAAAUCCUUUUAAUUAUGAAAUAAGUAAUAGAAAAAAUAGAAAAUUUUAAACAGUCAACUCUGAAAUAAAAAAUGCUACCGGCAUUCCAUUUGCAUCAAAUUUGAGAUUACCUAGUCAAACCAAAUAGCUGGUGGUCUGGAGUUUAAUUCCCACCAAAGCCAACAUCCCUAAGCACCCCGGCUGGAUGGGACUCGUUAGCCUUGGACGGCAACCCAUCUAAGAGAAGGCAAACUCUGAAUUUAAACCAGGAGCCAGAAUGAUCAAUAAAUUGAUCGUGGGCCCUCAAAAGAUAGAAGAGAAGAAGAAGACAUUAAUUUUAAACACUGACUUCACUUCCAAGAAAUAUGAUUUAAUUAAUUGAUCAGAUUAGACUAAUCAUCAUUAAGCCUACGCUGCCCCGAGACAAAAUUGACUACAUUAUACUAUCACCCUAUGACAGUAGCCUAAGUUGCUCUUUACAUCUUUUUAAUUUCAUACACAAUAACAUUAGGCCCAGUAAAUUAUGAUUAAAAUGAUUCUUUUGUGUACUAUGCCACUGUUUAUCAACUAUUCAUCUUCUUCUUCUAUAUAUUAAGGGCCCACUAUCAAUGUAUUGAUCAUUCUGGUUCCUUUGUAUGCAGAGGGAUUAGCAAUGUUUCUAUGCCUGAUAUUGAAGAGAAUAUUUCACUGUUUGCAAGGGCUACUCAGCGAGGAUAUCAUGCACUGGGGUUUGGAAGGUCUGAGGCAAUAGUCGCAAAUGUGUCAAGUGUUGUCGCCUCAAAUGUUCCUUUUAAAGCUUGUUAUAGUCCCUAAUUUUCUUUGGCAAGAAUGAGCAGCUCCUAUACUGGCUUCUUGCUGGUAUGAGCCAGAAUUGCCUGUCAUGGCCUCGUCGCUGUCUAUUGGGGAGAAGGGCGAGUUUCUGUUUAAAGCUGGAGCAGUGGACCAGCCCAUUUAUUUAUCUUGUACAUCAUGUAGAGCCUGGAUAGUCGUUGUCGUUCCUCCAAUGGUGACCAGCCUAGUGUUUCCAGCAUGCUGCCAAGACUAGAGGUGUUUCUGUAGUGGUUCAGAACAAAGCAGGCUUACCGUCUUUGGACCCCUCCCACCUGUCGAUGCUCUUCGGAUUGAAGUGGUCCCAAACUGAAGAUGCAUAAUCAAAAAGCGGCCGGGCAAAGGCUUUAUGUGCUCUUUCUUUCACACUGGAAGUGCAGAUCUUCAGAUUUCGCCUUAAGAACCCUAGGUUCUUUUUUGCCUGGUUGCACACAUUGUUAAUAUGCUCGUCCCAGCGGACCUCUCUUUGAAUGGUAACACUAAGGUAUCUUACGGAGGAAACUGGCUCAAGUAUAUGGCCAUGCAGUUCGUAAUGGUGGUGUAGAGGAGUACCACUUCUAGAGACUGACAGUGUCUGGCACUUGGCAGGAUGAAAUUUCAUGUCCCAGCUCAUCUCCCACUCAGCUAACCGAUUGAGAUCCUGUUGUAGCUGGUUUUGGUAAGAAUUGUUGGAGAUCAUCCUAUACACUGCUGUGUGGUCUUACUUCGGAUGUCAGUUUCUCGUAUAGGCCAUUGAUGUAUGCUAGGAACAAACAGGUCUAGAACCGAGCCCUGGUGGACCCCUGAUUUAACACCGUCAAAGGAGGAGCUUGUACCGCCCACCACGACUGCCUGGCAUCAGUUGCUGAGGAAGCUAGAGAUCCAUGUAUUGGUAGUGUCUUGUAUCCUAUAUCUCAGAAGUUUGUGUAAAAGCAAACUAUGAUUUACACUGGCCAAAUGCCUUUGAGAAGUCCAUCACCAGUAUGUUAGUUUGUUUGAUGUUCUUCAGUUUGAUCAUCAAGUCUUCUACAAAUUCAAGGAGCUGGGUCUCACAUGAUCUAUUGACUCGGAAGCCAUUCUGACAGUCAUUGAGUAUAUUGUGGCUUUCAAGAUACUUCAUGACUGCGCUUAUGAUUAUGUGCUCCAACAAUUUGCAUACUAUGCUAGUGAGGAAUACUGGAUGGUAGUUGGCAGGGUCAGUCAAUCAAAUUAUUAUAUCACAUUAGUCACUCAAUCUACCAUGUUGCUUGUAUUUAUAUCUAAUGAUUAAUCAGAUUAGCCCCUAAGCCUAAGCCAGUAAGGCUUUCAAAGGUUAUACUUACAUUUAUUUUUACUGACAAUAUCUGUGUUCCUUGCCAAUCUCAUUCCCUAUUUGGUGAGAUGUCUUUUCACAGCAUGGCCGUUUGUACCUUUUCUUUAGAUUGUACAAUAUCAAUUUUAAUAAAUAGGCCUAAGUUUGUAAUCUUUAUUCCAAACAGAUUUACGACGCCAAGCACGCCAGUUGGAGAAUGAAAUUGACCUGAAAUUGGUUUCUUUCAGUAAACUUGGUACCAAUUAUUCUGCUCAUAGGGAUUAUGAUAGGUAAUUAUUUCAUUUUCUGAUAUAUUAUUUAAGUAAAUGCAGAUUGCAGCAUAAUAAUUAAUUUUUUUAAUGUGAUGAAUGAAGACAAAAUUAAAGGUUGGUAAAAAUUAGUUUAAAAAUUUUUAUGAAAGGAUAUAUUUUUCAAUUAUAUUGGUUCAUUAAAUUUGUACAAAAGAAGAUAAAUAUUAAAUUAAUAAUCAUCAAAGUCAAAGCUAUUUUAAGAAAUGCACUAUAAAUUUACUUUUUGUGUGUUUAGAGUUAGCAAAUAUAAAUAUGUUUUUGUUACAUAGAAUUUAACGUGUCUGUUCUGUUAGCAUUUCAUAUAUAUCUUUGAAAAUAAACACUUGGACUUAAAUGUUUUGGUCAGUUUGUCUCUUUAGAGAUGUCUUGGAUCAUUUUUGCUGUUAUAAUCUCUUAAAAUAUCAUAAAAUAUAUAUUGAGUCAGUGUAAGUCUUUGGCUGUAAAAAAGAUGGAGCUAAAACAAGAUAGAUUUUUUUAGUAAACUAUAUUUUUCUUUUUUAAAUGGACAACCUCCCCUUCACGGGCGUCUGCAGGGGGGAGCAGUCCCUGCUUGCGCAUGUGGCACACGACAGGCGUGCGCAAGGCCAACAAGCCACUGGUCGUAAUCGAAAGGGUGCGAAGGGCCAUCCUGAACAAGCCCUGGUGGUACUACAGCUGAAUGUGUGUGAGAUCAGGCAAAGACACACAAAGUAACCAAGCUACUUCACAAAAGUAGCAUUAUUCCAGGAAACCUUGCUGCAUGGCAAGUCGUUUCACAUUACUGGCUACUGGCUUUACCACUGCAAGUGCCAAGAUGCUGUGCUUGUACCACAGCCGUAAGGAACGACCUCAGUGGAGGUCGAGAGGAAGAGUUAUUCAAACAUGGGUACCCUUAGGAUUAGAGUAACCAAAUUAGGCAAGACAUUGUUUACAAUACCGGGUACUCCUGCAACCCAAUCACGCUCCCUACCAGGGGGAGACAGCUUCCAUUAAGACAAUCAAUGCAGGAGAUUUCAAUGCCCAGUCGCCCAUGUGGGGCUAUCCAGAGCGAAAUGCGUCAGGCAAACACGUGGAAGAGGUCUGCCUAGAGACGAAUCUCAUUAGGUUACUCAUUGGGAGUGACGAUCUUCCCAUCCUAUUGGAGAUCGCUCUUGACAUGACCAAAGCACGCUAUGAAAAGCGACACUGGCUUUUCCGGAAAGCCAGAUGGGGUGAGUAAAAAAAAACAGACAAAGACCAAGCUCAGUCUGUUAGAUGCAGAGGCGAGCAACAUCAAUGCUGCCUUCGAGAGGUUUAAUGGCACCAUUUUGGGGGUCGCUCAAAAAACGAUCCCCAGAACAAACGGGAAGAAAAAGUUCAGACCCUACUGAAAGACUUUGUUAAGCAAAGAGCAAAAGCCAGAAAACUAGCCACGAAGUGGAAAAACCUGCUGCCCGUGCAAGUUAUAACUGGCUCGCGGCUGAAGUUCGGGUGGCAGUCCAAAAAAGCUAAAAAAUUGAAAUGGUUCAUUGCCUGUGAAAAGCUUGACCUCAAGGACGUGUGGAACCUGUUAGAAAAUCUUUCUGUCAUGGGAAAGGCGAGAAAUCCCCAACCAUUACAGACCGAAAAAGACUCCGAGGCGAGCGACACAAAGAGAGCAAAGACACUCAAAAAGCACUUCACAGAAGUGAACAGGAAAGCCAGAGAGACGGACGAACACUGCACAAUCCAAAGUCUUAGGACAAAGUGAGCUCGUGCCCAGCAUUGUGGGUUCCACCAAGAGCUUUUCUUCUUCUUCUAUAUCUUAAGGGCCCACGAUCAAUUUAUUGAUCAUUUACGAUGGAAGAAUUGCACAGUGAACUAGACAGAUGUAGAAAUGCGAAAUCACCAGGUCCUGAUAAGGUUCACAAAGAAAUGUUAACCCACCUGCGUAAACAGGGGAGAGAACUAUUGCUGGCUCUCAUAAACCAAACCUGGACUACAGGCACCCUGCCGAAAUUGUGGUAGCAGGCCAUAGUCAUCCCAAUACCAAAGGAAGGGAAACCAGGCCAUUUACCAACCAGCUACAUGCCGAUAUCCCUCACAUCAUGUGAGGGUAAAGUAGCAGAACCAAUGGUGAAUGGAAGGCUCUACUGGUUUCCGGAGAAAACGAAGCGCCUACCUGCGAUGCAAGGGGGUUUCCGUAAGGGUCGCCAACUCAUGAAUCAAGUGAUCCGUCUAGUCAUGUCCAUGACAAAUGAGCUCCAAAUGAAAAAUCUUACAGUAGCUGUGUUCUUUGACCUAAAACAGGCGUAUGACCUAGUGUGGCACACUGGCCUCAUGUACUCAUGUAUAAGUUCCAGUGCAUGUCCACAUGGGUAGAGAAAUUCUUGAGAAACAGAACUAUUGCUACAGGGGUGGGCAAUAGCAUAUCUGAUCAGCUUGUCCUAGAGGACGGACGAUUUAGUCAUUUGGAGCUCGGGAAAAGUUAUCAAAACCUUGCAGAUCCGGCUGCAACACGACCUAGACUGAAUUGAAGCCUAUGCCAAAAGGUAGAAGAUGGUCGUGAACACUGACAAGGCGGUUUACUCAAUAUUUACGAACGGAAUCACAAACAUGAACUGUGUGCCAAAAUUUCACAAAAAUUGGGCUUGGUGAAGCUAACCUGCACCGAGUGGGGCGCGGAUGCAACACUAUUGAGAUCACUCUACCUCAGUAGCGUAAGAGGGCAAUGGACUACAGCCUUCCAGUCCAGGCCUUUGCGAGCCACACAGCUCUGGAGGGCCUGGACAGCAUCCAAAACUGAGCUCUCAGGUUUGUAUGCGGGGUGAUAUGCAUGACACCCACGGCAGCGAUAGAAGUCUUGGCGGAUGUGGAACCACUCCAAAUCAAACAGGAAAAGGCAGUCGUAAUGACGUUGGAAUGAUACUGGCGAAUGGACAGAAAGGAAGCCUGCUUUCAGCUACAGGAGAAAUGGGUAAAGAAGUCCAGAUUAAAGAGACCAUCUUUUAUGGACACAGUCCACAGUCUUGAGGGAGACUUGGCAUUACCCGAAAGCAGAGAAAAGGUAAGGGAGUUCCCGGCACGGGGCCCCCACGAAAGCCUUACCCUACCUGAUAUACACCUUGCCAUGACAAAUACUAAAGCCACAAAAGCCACCCCUCAACCAGAACUAUUAGAGGCAGUGCAAAGAACGAUUAACGCUUACCCAGACAGCCUGGUCAAAGUCUUCACAGACGGCUCAUGCUUCACAAGGGAAGAACGCAGUGGCUAUGGUGCCAGAGCUAUUAGAGAUUGAAUCUCGGCCCAAAAGAGUAUUGUACAUAAUUAGUAAACUGUAUAAUUAUGCAACCAAUUAUUUGAAUAUGACUUGUAUAAUCACUUGACCAGCUCUCAUGCCCUGCCAUGGAAGCUUUAGAAAUUUGAAUAUUGACUGUUUAAGAUCAGUUUAAACUAUUAUAAUUUCUAAACACAUUUUAAAAAAACAUCAAUAAAAGGCUAUCUUAAAUCAAUAUUAUAAUAUUUACACAUUUGAAUUUGUAUGUGGUAGAAUGCUGCCCCACAUUUGUAGUAAAAUGGCGUUGCCAAAUAAAUAGUGCUUAACUACUAACGCUAGUUGUUUUUUUAAAAUGUAUUUUGGCUGCUAAGUUUUAUAUCUGAACACUGUACUAUGCACACUAGAUUCCAUUUUGUUUCUCUGUGGCUCCCUCCAGCCUUCCUCUUUCUACUAACUCUGCUAACAGCAAGCCAGAGACCAGGUAAGCAUCUCACUAUCUCCCAAGUAUUUGGUGCAUUGCAUGGGAAGUUAAACUAAAAUUCAUGAUAGAAAAUUUAAUAAAGCAACAAAUUCUCUAUUAUUAGUCCUUUUUUUUUAUUUGUUUAUACUCUCAUGUUGCUUGCUUUAUGGAAAACAAUAAUUGAACCCACACUUUUGCAACUAUCAUUUUGUAUCUUUAUAUUUUGGUAGAUAUAUUGUUUUAUUUCAUCACCACUCACUUCCCCAGAAAAGCAUUUCACACACAAUCAUUUCAGAGUUUUUUUUGUGUGUCUUACGGUGCUCACUACCUGUACAUCAUAGGGAAAUUAUGGGUUAACCGUUCUUGAAACAUUGCAACCAAUGAGUGUUUUAUUGAUAUCUGUCCACUUUUCCAAAUUGCUUUAAUUUGAAUCUUACCCGGUACCUCAUUUAAUGUGAUUUGAUCUUCAAUGAAUAUUUAAAAUUUUAUUAAAUAUACCGUAUACAAUUGAUGAACCCAACAUAUUGUCCUAGUUUGUCUUAAAUUUACUUGAACUUGAAUUUAAAACAUAUGCUUUUAAAUUAAGGAAAAUGUAGAGAAAAUCUCUCUAAUAUGUUAUUAAAUAUUUCCUUGAUUCUUUUUGGUAAAGUCUUGUUUCUGUAAAAGACAUCCAGUCUGAUAUUAAACUGUGCAACGAUGACAUUAAUAGUUAGAUUCUGUCUUGUACGCCAACAAUUUUUUUUAAAAAAUGUAUAAUUAUAAAGUAAAAUGUAUAAAGGUUGAAAUGAUAAAAUGCUACAUUUGCAAGUCACAGACUUGUUUGUGGAUGUACCGGUAUGCGGUUUUAAAACUAAGAUACAAUCCUUGAGUUAAAGGCUGUUGUUUGUUUGUUCAAAAGUGACACAGCUCCAUUGCUAAAUAAAGCAAGCAGUGAACAUAUGUUUGAUACAAUGGCUAUGGAAAUCUCACAGUUAUUGGCUAAGGUGAGACUACUGCUGAAUUUCAGCACUUAAUACAGUGUUGAGUAAAUGUUAAAUUAAUGCUGUAUUUUACAUAUAGAUGUGCUUAUGGUAAAUUUAUGCUAUAUAUUAAAUAUAAGUUGUGCUAGGUUAAUGGUAAAUUAAUGAUUUAUAUUAUAAAUAAAAUGUGCUUGAUUAAUUGUUAAUUUGUGCUGAGUAUAAUAUAUAAGGUGUUCCCAUUAAAUGGAGUGUUCUUGUUCAAGUAGGGUUAGUCAUGCAAGUCACAGUUUUGAUUAUUCUGAUAUCCCCAGUUGACAGAAGUCAAUGACAGAAUGGUGGAGUACACACAGAAUAUAUCUACGUCAUCCCCCAGUGCUGCCCUACUUCACACCUUGCAACGGCAUAGAGACAUAUUGCAGGACUAUUCACAUGAAUUCCAGAAAACAAAAGCAAACAUUACAGCCAUGAGGGAGAGGGAAGACCUGCUGGGCUCAGUGCGUAGAGAUAUCAAGUAUGUCCUUUCAUUAGACCUUUGCUGUGCCCAAAUUUUGUGACAAUAGUUUAAAUGUAUUAUUUUAUAAGAUAUUGUGCUGCAGCAAAGAAGUAGAACUCUGAAAACAUGUUUUAUUUUACUUUUAUGACAAUUAUAGAAUUUUACAUGACAUGGUGAACAAGUCAAGACUGGUAAUAACUUCUGUGGUAAUUUAUAGCCCCAGCUUAAUUAUAGAUGGAUAAAUCAAGUCUCGACUAAUUUUUUAUUUUUUUACAUUACAUAUAUUGACCUUACAUUUUUUUAAAUCUACAUUUUAUUUUUACAGUGCAUAUAAGAACUCUUCUUCCUUGAACCGCAGAUCGGACAUGUAUCUGAAAGAACAUGAACACAUACGCAAGUAGGUAUUUUUAAAAAAGAACUGUUUUAUUCCUCUCCAAUAGUUAAUGGCAAACAUUUAAUACUAUUUAAAUUAGUAAUUUUCAAUAAAUGGGCUGUAUAAUUCUUUGGAACAUGGACAGUAUUUGAAAAUAACUGUUAUGACAUUGAGACAAAUAAUAAAUGUUUGGACAUGACUUAAUUUUAAUUAUAACAAAUUCUCUUAUUUUAACAUAUCUGCUCAAGAGAUUCAUGGCGCAAAACAAGUUCUAAAAAAUAUUUGACUUGUAAUGCUGUCACUCCUAUUUUUCAGUUCAGAGAGAUUAGUUGAUGAACAAAUAAGGUUUGUAUUUCUCUUUUUAUAGGGUACUUGCUAGUUAUGUUAAAAUAUUUUUUUAAAGAUGUUAGCAUAAAGUGAGCUCUCAUUUUUUUCAUAAGAUUAUGAUUUAUUAUUCAACAACUUUUGCUAGAGACCAUAUUUUACUCAUAGUUUCACAUACAAAAUGGAUAAUAAUAAACAGGCAAUGUAUUUAUUGACUUGUGUUAAUCUACCAACAGCAUAGCCAUUGCCACAAAAGAGAAUCUUCAGUCCCAGGGAAAGUUUUUGAACUCCAUAAACCAAAAAGUUAAUGCCUUAGCCAGUAUCCUUUCUAUGAAAUCACAGAUUGCUUUAAAAACUGUGUAUGCUGCUUACUUUAUAGACUUAUGCAAACUCAGACAUCGUAUGCAGCUUAAUGUAUAGACUUAUGCAAACUGAGACAUCGUAUGCAGCUUAAUGUAUAGACUUAUGCAAACUGAGACAUCGUAUGCAGCUUAAUGUAUAGACUUAUGCAAACUGAGACAUCGUAUGCAGCUUAAUGUAUAGACUUAUGCAAACUGAGACAUCGUAUGCAGCUUAAUGUAUAGACUUAUGCAAACUGAGACAUCGUAUGCAGCUUAAUGUAUAGACUUAUGCAAACUGAGACAUCGUAUGCAGCUUAAUGUAUAGACUUAUGCAAACUGAGACAUCGUAUGCAGCUUAAUGUAUAGACUUAUGCAAACUGAGACAUCGUAUGCAGCUUAAUGUAUAGACUUAUGCAAACUGAGACAUCGUAUGCAGCUUAAUGUAUAGACUUAUGCAAACUCAGACGUCAUAUGCAGCUUAAUUUAAAGACUUAUGAAAACUCGGGCGUCGAAUGCAGCUUCAUUUAUACUAUUUUUAGACUUGAAUUAUUUAAAGACAAUGUGACCCUAAACGCCACUAGAGAAACAGACUAAUAAAAAAAAUGGUUGCAUGUUUUAAAAUAUUUCACAGCUCCUUUCAGUUCAUUGUUUAAAAUGUAUCUGAAUCCAUGUGCUGUGGAUGACAUUAUGAAAUUAAUCAUGUGUUAUUUUUCCAUUCCUUUUAAAUCUUACUUUGUAAUGUUCACUGUAAAUUAAUGCUGUACCGUUAAAGAAUUUUGUGUGUCAAAAAGGUCAUCUAGAGCAGGGGUCUGCAACCUUUUUAUAUUAACGUAGCAAAGUCAUACAUCUAAUUCAUUCAGCGUGCCAGUAACUUACACGUAUUACAAGUCUACCAUUUUUAAGACAAAUUUUUUAGUCAUUUAUUUAUUUAUUUUUUGGUCUUCCACGUGGCAAUGAAAAUUGCUAUGCAUGCCAAGUCUGCCACACAUGCCGUAGGUUUACAGACCCUGAUCUAGAGCUAUUGUUAAUUUUCCAAUAAUUUGUACCAUGUGGUUGGAAACUGUAUUUUGUUAUUUCAACCUUAACUGUCCCACAGACAGGUUUCCUGUCAUCAACAGCCUUGUUCAGAGAAUAAACCUGAGAAAACGCAGGGAUUCCAUCAUUCUGGGUCUUGUCAUUGGUGUGUGUAUCAUCCUCAUUAUGCUCUAUGCCUUCCACUGACACCAAUGCUGUAUUUAUUAUCUUUCAUUGACUCCUUGGACACUAAGUUAUAAUCUUACUGCUGCCUUUAUAAUACGGAGCAUCUUGUUCAAAGAUCAAGAAGGCCAUGCAGAAGUAGAAUAUGGCAUGAUUAAAGCUGUUUUUUUGAUAAGGCGGACCAUAGGCUUCUUAAGGGCAGGUUAAACACCAAAAUUGAAAUAAGGGAAUUUUACCAAUUUUUUUGUUUCAGUUAUUAGUAAUCAUCUUAAAAAUCAAUAAAAAAAAUAUUUAAAAAAUCUAUGUUAGUAAAAAAUAAUGAUUUUGAUCAAUUAUAGGGCAAAUCGUUGCGAAAAUAUUCGAAAAUGAACAACAAUUAAAAACAUGAUAUCUACAGUACAGAUAGUCCCAGAAACUUGAAACUUUUACAUGUUAUAGUACUCAAUAGUGUUAUAAAUGGCGUCUAAAAUAAUGUUAGUAAAGUAAAAAAUUGUAAUUUACCUGAAUUUAUGAGUUAUCCAUGUUGUUCGAUGAAAAAAAUUGGGGGUACCAGUUAUAAUUUUCCUGAAUAUUUCAUAAGUUUUUAACCCAAUCUAAAUAUCCUUAGACAAUUCAAACUACAGAUAUAUAAGGAACAUGCCUGCCAAUUUAUAUUGAAAUUCAUUAAUUAAUGUAGAAGUUAUAGUGUUUUAUAUAAAUAAAUUUUAAGGAAAAUGACAUUUUGAGAAAAUGUAAAAAAACGCACAACUUUACAUUUUUCAGGAAUAUUUUAAAAGUUUAAAAACCCCCUGCAGCAUAAAACUCUUCCUGAUCCAAUUCCUUACUAGAUAAUAUAGAUUUUUUAGCUCUUUUAGCUUUACUUUUAUCUAAAUUUUGAAUAAGCGAGGAUGAUACACGCUUAUUAUCAAUUUUAGAAAAUGCCUGAAAACAAUAUUUUCCAAAAUUUAAACCUAAAUUGGUAAAAAUUUCCCCCCUUUUUAAUUCACCAUUGUUAUAAACUAUGGUGGCAUCAUCUACAGCUAUUUGUAACCUCUUUCUCCCAACAAAUGAGGUCUUCGGACAGCGAUACCAAAUUAAAUUAUGAAAAGCCUCAUUUGCGUUCUGCGUCCCACCGUGAACGCAUUUGGCUAAAAGAGCAUCAGAUGAAAGCUCUUCAAAUAUUUUCUUAAUAUUGUUCAUCACGAAAGAAGGAAGAACAUUCUUAUUUGCAGUUACUAAAUCUUUAUCUUUGGGACACCAACUACCGCAAUCGCUAUGCUUACCCUCACGGUGGUGAAAUAUUGCCCAAAUACUUUUUUUCAUUUUACCCAUGUCCCCUGAAUUUUUUCUUAUCGCUGCGCCAUAAUGUCCCUGAAUGCGCUUUAUAGCAGAUUUAGUUAAUCUGCCUGCCCCACCUAUUCCUUUAAAUUUUCUACCACCCUCCACAUAUGUUGUCCCUUUACAUUCAUUUACUUUAUCCAGCAAGCGUUUCCCCAUUCGCUUCUGGACAUGACCGCAACAUUCUAAUUUUGAAAUAGUUACUCCUCCAUAAACUGGAGGAUUAGCUUCAGCUACAGUUUUAAAACUCUUAGAAUCCCCAUCCCCUAAAUAGCCAGUAUAAGUGAGGUUAUACUUUUCAUUUGAACGGCGAAAGAUUUUUAAAAUGCCUUUUGGUUCCAUCUGACCAGAUGUACCUUGGUGAUUUGACUCACAUUCACCGGCAUCAACAUGGUUUUUAAACCACUCCUGAUAUUUAGAAAUAUCAGGAAAUCUCUUCUUGGCCUUAGCACAUUUAUCGCAGUAGUUGCUGCUCACGUGAGUAUCAACUACUUUAGAGGGCCCUUUAUUAGCAUUUACGGAUAACACAGUGGCCACUCCGUUCUUAGAAACAAAGCCACGUCGCUGCCAGGUCCCGUCACAAGAAACCGUCACAUUUGGACCCUGGGCUUCUUUUAAUUCUGAUGCAGCCUGAGACAUGCACUGUUUAGCUACUUCAUUAGUAGCAAUAUGAAUCCUCUCCUUGUACUUAGUAACAAUAGGAGCAGUUACAGGAGGAGGCAUGUCCAUGUUACCAAGAAAUCUUUUGGUUUUUUCUUGAUGACAGCCAAUGCUGUUCAUCGCUAACUGCAAUCGCAGGUUGACAUUCUCGGAGCAUGUCUUAAAUUCUAUUUCAUGCCUACAUUUAAUACAUUUAAAAUAUAAAGUACUAAUCACCCCAUUUAGCACUUCUCUAACAAUAUAAUUUGUCCCAUCCAUUGCAAACUGCUCACAGAAUGAACAUGAAAAUGACUGGACUAAUGAAAUAAUUAAUCCCACAUCCACUAAACGAUAACCACUAAUUUCAGGAAAUUUAGGACUAGAAAUAUUUAAAGAUUCAUUAAGUUUUUGAAAAGAAGAAGAUGUGGGUACCGAGUUUAAAUUAUUCUGUAUUGAGUUUGGUAAAUUAUUAUCAACUUCGUCUAUAGCAAUAUCUUCGCUUCCUUGAUUUUGAGGUUCACUGUCACUAAGACUAAGCUUAUCUUUUUUAACGGUAUAUCUAUUUCCAUAAAAUUUACGCUUUUUAGUACGAUAUUUAUUCCCAUUCUUUUUUACUUUAACUUUAUCCAUUGUAACUCUAAGUUUAUUUAAAUAUUAAUUAAAUUAGAAGGUCCUUUUAAAACAGAAAAUCCAACAGUGCCAACACAGUUUAGAAUCAAUUUCACCGCGUGUGACGCUAACAGGAAGAAUUUUUUGUAAACAAAUGACGAGGCCAAACAGGCUUUUAAGAGAAACGCUGUGAUUGGCUGAAAUCUCCUAAGGCAAGGGAUAUCCUGUUCUAGCAACCAAUGAAAUUUGAUAUAAUAUAAUAGUUUUUUCUCUUUACAUCAAAAUGGCAUAUCGUUGAAUUUCAUUAAUGUGGGUGAAAAAAUUAUUAAAAUCGGAUAAUUGGAAGAAAAGUUAUAGGCAUUUAAAAUUUUUUGCAUAAUUAAUUAGGUAAUUUUGUUUAUACCUUGCCAACUUUAAAAAAUAAAAUAAAAUACUUAUAUUGCUUUUAUUUAAAAAAUAAAAAGAUAGUUAUGUUUGGAAGUGAAUAUUCUUCAUAGAUAAAUGGUUUUCUAAAUUUACGUUUUUUAACAAAAAAUUAAGAUUGUAUGGGUUUAACCUGCCCUUAAGGACAUUGCUGAUUUAUUAAUUUGUAAUGUAUUGAAAAGGUGAUGGAAAUAUUGACUUGUGGAUGGAGCAGAUGUCUAAACUAUGAGCUAGCAGGUGAAAAUAUUGAUUUCUGCUUGAGGAAGAUAUAACUAAAAUAUGGGGUAGCAGGUGAAAGUAUUGACUUCAGGAUAAGGUAGAUAACUAAAAUAUGGGGUAGCGGGUGAAAAUAUUACUUCAGAUCAAGUAAAUAUGGGGUAGGAGGUGAAUCAACAUUUUGAUUUAUUAGUCAGGACAGCUAUUACAGAUAAAACUUUUAGAGCACCUUGGUCAUUGUAAAAAUAUUGGACUGGCUGUGGCUCUCUGACUCAGUGCUUGAGCAAAAUUGUAAAUGUUGGGAAACUUUGUAACUUCGCGUAAUAGCAUUCCUCAAAGCGAGACAGCUCUUGAAUAUUCAUCUGUGUAAUUGAUGCUUCACAUAACAAAAUGUGUUUAGUGUUGGUCAUUAUGUAUGUGCCACUGUUUAAUGACACCGUUAAAAACAUUUAGGGACAUUGUAUUUGUAUGUAUUUAUGACAUUGUGACAACUUCUAUUCCCCCUUGAUCAAAUAAAUCAGUUGCAGUUUUUCAACAGGCAUCAUAUGCUUUCCAGCACAUUUGUAUUUUCAUUAACAUAUUCAAGGAUUUCAUUAAUUUGUCUUCUAAGGCAGUGGUUCCCAAACGUUUAAGUUUGGCGGACUGGUGAAAAAGUUUUGAAAUUUUACCAGGGACCGGUGCAUGAUUUAUUUUUUUACUUUUAUUAUUUUUUUUUACUAUAAAUAUUUAUGUUAUGGGGACCGGCAGCGUUAGGCAUGCGGACCGGUGAAGGUCCAUGGACCGCCAUUUGGGGACCACUGUUCUAAGGUAUUCAUGGCAUCAAAGUAAAGUUCUUUAAACUUCUUUAUCACUUAAAUUUAUUUUCGUGUGUUAUGAUGUAAGUUUAACUGCCAAAUACAAAUUUUAAAAUAAUAAAAUGGUUAAUUAAAAUUACACAUUUCCUUUUUGGCAGUUUACUUAGUUAAAAGAUUGCUUUUGUAUUUUUAAAGAAGAUGCUUUUCACCAAUGUCUGAAUAUUUUGUACCACCAUCUUCCUAGUCUGGUUCCAGCAUUCAUUCAUUUAUUUUAGAAUUAUUUUUAAAAUUGUAUCAUUACAGUCCUGAUUGAGUCUCUCAUAAAUGAUAAAUCGUAUCGUAAAAAUAUUCUGCUUUUCUAAGCAAAAUUUGCAUCUGAAAACUACACACUUUUGUCAAUAAAUAACAGCAAAUUGCUUAGGGACGUGUCAAAUAUUGGUGAUGGGUUGUUGUUUUUAAUACUUUGUGGCAUGUCUUGACUGAAAUCUCCAACUAUUUAAGUAUGUGUGCUUCUAUUUUUCUUAUGAAUACGAAAUGGCUGUGAGAAAUUGUCAUAAGUGCAAGUGAAAGCAUCUAAAGUUAUACAAUGUGGAUCAAUGAACUUUUCACACAUUUCUUAUCAUUUGUUUGUGGUCUCAAAGUGAGCUGUGUCAUCAAAGUUAUUUCUGAUAUUUAAAUACAGGAGAACAAAAUUUCACCUGUUUAACUCCCAUUGGAUAAUGACUGUGUAGGGCAGUGCUGUCCAACCUUUUCGACUCUGAGGGCCAAAUAUUUUUUUUAUGAAGCCGAGGGCCGCACUUUUUAAAAACUACUUUUAACAAAAAUUACUCUAUUUAUUAACGCUCCUUACCUUAUGCAUAAAAAUCCUAUAUCCAUUAGCAGUGUCAUCUCAACGAAUAAAAACUGUAGCACAUCUUAUGUGAUAUUUGACUUGCUCUUGCAAUCUUCUUAAUUUGUGGCUGGUAUUCACUUACUGCUGCCCUUAAUAGGUUUCCCAAAUGUUCGUCAAUCAAAGCAUUUUCGUUUUUUGGACUUGAUGUUGUUCAUUACUGAGAAUUCAGCUUCACAGACAUUGGUGCUUCCAAACAUCAUCAUUAUCUUUUUACAACAUUUCAAUAGUUGUGGAAAUUUAUCUGAAGAAACAUAGGUCAUCCAGAAUUCAGUUGGCAACGCAUUCUCAUGUUUGUCAUGAAGAGCCAUGUUAUACAGAAAUUUGAUGAUUUCAAGGUGCACUGAACCUUCAUCUGGGCUCCUAAAAAUGACAUAUUUGUGGCUACAAUGGAGAUAUCACAUGUAAACGGGUUUUCAACAAAAAGUUAAACAGGAGUAAGACUGCGAAUGUCUUUAAAACCAUCCUUGAAAUCUAAGUUCAACUUAUUUAAAAAUAGAUUGAAUCGCUCACUUGUGACCAGCUCUGUAAGUUGUUUUGCAAUCUUUGCAAGGGCUGGGAAGUGAGUAAUGAACAAAUUCCAGCUUAGAUUCAAAAAUACUAAUUUCUUUCAUAAGCAUUGGUUACAUUUGAUUUGAAAGCGCCCUUGCAAUUUUAAAUUUAAUUUAUUAAGGUGAUCUGUGGUAUCAGAAAUGCUAGCCUUACAAUCUCAGGCUUUUCCAUAUUGUUUAACAAAUCACUCUUUGCUCUGGACCUUAGAAACAGUUUCACUUCUUGAAUUAGAUCCCAGAAUCUUGUCAGCACUUUCCCUUUGCUCAGACAAUGCAUGUCAAUAUGAAGAACAAAGUCCCCCCAAAUUCCUUUCAUAUUCUUUUAAAACAAUCUUAAACUGUCGGUGAUUUAAUGAAUGAAAUUUCGAAUGAAAUUUACAAUUUUCACUACACUAUCCAUAAGAUUUGGCAGUGUAUCAUCUUUCAGCUUUGAGCAAAUAGAUUGCUGGUGAAUUAUACAAUAAUCCGCUUGAAUGUCUGGAAAAUCGUUGUCAGCCAUCAGCAAACCAAUCGGGCCAACUCUCUGUCCCACCAUUGUAAGAACACCGUCUGUUGUAACCGAAAUAAGCUUCUUCAAAUCAAUACUAUUCUUUAAUAGAAAUUCUUUUAGUGCCUUAUAUACAUCCUCCCCACAGGUUGUAUUUUUCAAUGGAAAUAGUGCCAAUAAUUCUUCUUAAAUCCAUGUUACAUGUCAAAUCUAACCCAAACAAUAAGUUGGACUGUGUCAGUGAUAUCACAUGAUUCAUCCAAUGCAAGACUAAAACCGGUAGAAUUUUUCUAAUCAUGAAGCAACUGCUCAAAUAUUAUUAUAUCCCCGGACAUACCACACGUCUUGCUACAGUCUAGUGAGAAAGCUGAAGAUUAGAACUUUUUUAAAUUCUGCAAAAAAUGACGGCACAUUUUUAACAAAUUUUCAAAUUUUGAAAACAGUUUCAGAAAAAAUAUGUUUUUUUCUUCUUAGCUAAUAUCCAGCUAAUAUUGAAAAAUGCUUCAGUAGCACAGUCGUCGGUUGUUGAGCUCUAAUAUCCAGCUAAUAUUGAAAAAUGCUUCAGUAGCACAGUCGUCGGUUGUUGAGCUCUAA